AACUCCAUUUAAAAUCCGAAACUGACGUCCGCUGCAUGAAGUAAAACGACAAAGGUUCUCACUUACGAGAGUAGAACUCAGAAACUUUAGCGCUCAACUCACUAAAGCUUGGAUUUUUAGCAGCUUAGGUUUUUCUUUUUUGAAUUUUCAGGUUAUCUUUUGCUAGGUGAUCGAGGCCUUUUUUUGGGCCUAUUAGGAGUAGAACUUUAGUUAUGGGAGAGGGUGAAUGUGCCUCUGAAUUGGCUGAGGCAUCUGCCUAUGAAAACGUGCCAGCGGAAGAUAAGGGUGAAGUAUUAACAGAGAAGAAGAAUGCUGAAAAGGAUGAAUUAAAAGAAGUAGAAGAAGAGAAAAAAGAGGGUGAUAACAAGGACACUGAGAACAUGGAUGUAGAUAAAGAAGAGGUGAAAGAAAGUAAGGAAGAUGAAGAAGAAGAGAAAGCUGACAAGGAAAGCAAAGGAGCGGAAGAGAAGCCAGAAACCAAGAUUGAGCUAAUGGAAGAAGAAACUGGUGAAACACCAGAUAAAGAUGUGGCCGACAUACAAAAAGAAAGCGUUGAUAAGCAUGAAGUUGAGAAAGGAUCAAAGGAAAGUGAUAAGUCUGAGAGUGGUGCUCUGAAGAAAGACAGGAAGAGGAAAAGGCAAGUGGAGGACAAGAAGGAGCAAGAGCCUAAAACACCUCCGGCUUCAACAAUUGAACGCCCUGUACGCCAACGCAAAUCUGUUGAAAGGCUGGUUGCAUCUAUUGAAGGAGAAGCCACCAAGGAUAUCCAUAUUGAAAAGGGUCGCGGAACUGCACUGAAAGAUAUCCCAAAUGUGGCAUACAAAUUAUCCAAAAGGAAGGCUGAUGACACUCUCAAAUUGCUGCACACAACUCUCUUUGGACGGCGAGGAAAGGCAGCUCAGUUCAAGAGUAAUAUUUUACGGUUUUCUGGCUUUGUCUGGCAUGAAAAUGAGGAAAAACAAAAGAUGAAAGUAAAAGAAAAGCUUGACAAAUGUGUAAAAGAGAAGCUGUUGGAAUUGUGUGAUGUACUAGAUAUACCUGUUGCUAAGGCUACAUCAAAAAAGGAAGACAUAGUAUCACAGUUGAUGGAUUUUCUGGAAGCUCCUCAUUCUAUGACUUCUGAGUUGCUUGCUGAAAAGGACCAGUCAAGUAAAGGAAAGAAGCGUGAAAGAGUGAGGAAAGAAAGUCCUUCGUCAGCAACUGGUAGCUUGAAAGGUUCAAGUAAGAGUCGCAAGACUGAGAGUACUGUAUCUAACAAGGCUGAGAAAAAGAAGAAGAUGCAGGAAUCAGAAGGUGAAUCAGAGGAAGAAGAUGAACAGGAGAAGGGAAAGAUAAAGGCUAAUGGUGUUCAUGAGAGAUCAGAUGAUGAGACGUCAAGUCAACCUGAAAGUAAGGAGAAAGAUGGUGAAUCUGAAGAUGAGUCUGAGAAGGACAAGAAGAAGAAUAAGCAAAGUUCAAACAAAUCAUUGUCAAAUAAGGAACCUGAUGGAAAAGUUAAAACCAAGAAAACUCCAGUCUCUACACGACCAAGUCCUUCACCAAAAAAAACACCUUCAAAAUCAUCAAAAAGCUCAAAGCAUAAUGAUAGCAAUGAUGCAACUCCCAAAGUGUAUUCAAAGAAGAAAAUAACUGAAGUGGUUAAGGGAAAGUCAUCUACACCAAAGAAGCCUACUUCAAAAGACAAUACUGGGAAAAAGGUUCUGAAGGGAAAGGAUCGUAACAAAGUAGAUAAGUUGAGGCCAAGCGAUGAUGAACUCAGAACUGCAAUUUGUGAAAUUUUAAAAGAAGUUGACUUUAACACGGCUACCUUUACUGACAUUCUGAAUAUACUCGCCAAGCGGUAUGAUACAGAUCUUACGCCCAGAAAGUCAUCUGUAAAGGAUAUGAUCCAGGAUGAACUCACUAGGUUAGCCGAUGAGGCUGAUGACGAGGACGAGGAAGAGGAAGAGGAAGAACAAGGAGAUGCUGAAGAGGGCGAAAAACAGCCUUCUGGCCAAGGUGUAGAGGCCUGAAAAUAUAGAACAUUCCAGGAAAGGUAGCCUAUAUUGUCUUAUCUCGAGAUCCGACCCUUUCUUCCUCAGUUGAUGGCUGAAUUGUGUUCCCUAAUGAGUUCGACCAGCUGUAAUUUAUUGUUAACGUUCCACUUUGUGGUUAAACUCACUCGCUAGGUAGUCAUAGAAGUAGAAAUGCCAGGUUUCAGUGCAGGACUGCAGCUUAUUGUGUAAACAGACAUUUGUAGGAAGCACUGAUCUUUUCAUGUGCUAUAGUUGCUAGUGUUAUGAUUUAACACCCGUAGACAGACUUUCGACCUGUUGGCUGGUUGGCUCGCAUAAUCAUGGUUUUCGUGUUAGAUCUCACCGCCUGAGAACAAAUUGCUAAAAUGCCAUUCCUGCUA